CGUGAUCUGAGCGAGAAAAGAAAAUUACACUUGGGACUUUCAUUCCUUUCAAAAACUUUUCUCAGUCGUCUACGGAACGUCAUGAUAUAACUUUUAGUUCCACAUUCAUGUGAAGAAAGAAAUAUUCGUGCUGUGAAAAAAAAAAUAAAAAAAAAGAAUAGAAAAAAAAUUACGAGGAAGUGAUGACAAAUAAUUUUCGCAAGGUCAAUGUGUUGCGUAGCGAAUGGGAUCUCCCCGAAUGCUAUGACAAUCUCAAUUUCUCACGACGAUCAGCGUUCGGAAUUUUUUGCGAGGGGUUUGAUAAAAGAAAAAAAUUAUGCGUCGAGAUCAAAAGAUGGUCAAACCUCAGUAAUAGUGAAACAAUAAAGAAAGCAUUAAGGGAGUUAAAAAUGUUGAAGCACCUAAGUCACAAAAACAUCGUCUCAUACCUGAACUCAUUCUAUGUGAAUACGAAGCUAUACAUAGUGACAGAAGUAAUGCAUGAUAACUUAAAUAACAUAAUCAGAGCACAACGACUACAAAGUGAUGAUAUUCGAUACAUAAUAUUUCAAAUUACAAAUGCAUUGAACUAUCUACACACCUGUGGCAUUGUGCAUGGUGAUUUAAAGCCAUCUGAUAUUGGAAUAAAUAAAGACAUGAGUAUAAAAUUAAUCGAUUUAAAUGCUGAGCAACCCAAAGAAACUGACUAUGUACUGACUAAAUGGUAUCGUGCACCUGAAUUGCUGUUUGCUUGGAAAUCUGCAACUGAACGAGUUGAUUUAUGGAGUUUAGGAUGUAUAAUGGCUGAAUUUCUUUGUGGGAGGAUUAUUUUUGCUGGAAGGGACCAUCUUCAACAACUCAAGCUAAUCCUUGAACUUGUAGGAACCCCAUCAAAGGAUUUCUUUAAUCCCUCAUGCCAUUUCUGCAUUUUGACACAAAAUUUAAUGACAGGCGAAAAGUAUGUUAGAUCCUUACCAUAUUUUCGCAAGAAAAGCUUCAGACGAGCAUUUGAUGAAUGUAAUGAUGAUGAUACACUCGAUUUCCUCGAGCGGCUUUUAAUUCUUGAACCAAUGGAGAGAAAUGACAUAAAACAGGCACUGAAGCAUCCUUAUUUUAAGAAAUUUCCACAAGAUGACAUUGACAAUGUUCCGAAAAUGUCAUUUGAAGAGAUUUAUAAUAAUGGCAAUGGCGAUGCGAAUGUGGAUGAUGAUAAAGGAAAUUGGAUCAAUCUUAUAAGGGAAAAUGUUGAAAUUAAAGAUUGAAUUUUGUUCUUUUUUUGAUAAGAUCAACUUUAUAUUUGAUUUAUUUUAAGUUUUUAUGAAAGACAUUUGUGUGAAAUUGAACUUUUAAGAUUAAGAUUUGUUGAAUAAAUUUUUCAUUUUACCAUGGGACG